GCACCCCCACACUGGCAGCCGCCUUGGGCCACGCCCAUCUGCAGCCCCUUCUCGCGCCGCCUGCAAAGCGAAGUUCCCUGGUCGCGAAGUUUGUGUCUGUGACCGGAGCCCCGCGGCCCAGCGCGGCGGCGCCGAGUGGGUGGCGCCUUGCGCUCCCCCUGUCCCGGGCGCCGAGUGGGCCCCUCCCCCGGCCCGCCGGAGCUCCGGGCGCUGCGCGCGGGCUGCGCGACCGCGGGUGCUCUCCGUGCGUCGGGCCCGUGGCGAGCCAGGCUCCCGUGGCUGCGUGCGAGGAGGCUGGAACCGGGUGGAAGAAUGGAGUUGGCAACUCGCUCCCAGAUCCCUAAAGAAGUGGCUGACAUCUUUAACGCCCCCAGCGAUGAUGAAGAGUUUGUCGGUUUCCGAGAUGAUGUUCCCAUGGAAACCCUCUCAUCAGAGGAGAGCUGCGAUAGUUUUGACUCAUUGGAGUCGGGGAAACAGGAUGUGCGCUUCCGUUCCAAAUACUUCACAGAAGAGCUAAGAAGAAUUUUUAUAGAGGACACUGACUCAGAGACGGAAGAUUUUGAAGGAUUUACGCAGAGUGAUCUGAACGUAAACAGUAACCCAGAAGUAAAGCUCGACGAGUCAGAGUUGAGUGACGACAGUAAAGCAUCCUUCGUGAGUGAGGAAGAGGAAGAUGAAGAAAAGGCUACCCCUAGAAGAAGCAGGCCUAGAAGAAGCAGUAUUGGCCUUCGUGUAGCCUUGCAAUUCCCCACCAAGAAACUGGCAAAAAAGUCAGAUAAAAACAGUUCUUCUGAGCCACUGUUUUCCAGCUCAUGCUUACAGGACCCCCAAAAAGCAAUUCUUGGGAGAAAGAAAAGCUGCAGACAAGGGAAGGAAAGGGAAGAUUCUGUCUCUGAAUCUGAGGAUGACUCCAGGGAUGAAGGCCAGGAGGGCUCCGACGCGCUGCUGAAAAGGACCAUGAACAUCAAGGAGAACAAGGCCAUGCUCGCUCAGUUAUUGGCGGAACUGAACUCAAUGCCAGACUUCUUCCCCGUCCGGACCCCGAACUCAGCUUCUAAGAAGAAAGCCGUGCGGCGGGCCUUCUCGGAGGGGCAGAUCACGCGGCGCACGAACCCCACCCGGAGCGCGCGGCCGCCCGAGAAGUUCGCCCUGGAGAACUUCGCCGUCUCGGCCACCAAGUUCACAGAAGAGUACUACAGUUUCAGGAGGAGGAAGACAAUCAGCGGGGGGAAAUGCCAGGGGUAUAGACGGCGGCACCGCAUUUCUUCUUUUCGGCCAGUGGAGGACAUCACUGAAGAGGACUUAGAAAAUGUUGCCCUAUCUGUUCGAGAUAAAAUCUACGAUAAAGUUCUGGGUAACACGUGCCACCAGUGUCGGCAGAAGACCAUCGACACCAAGACGGUGUGUCGGAACCAGAGCUGCGGCGGGGUGCGGGGCCAGUUCUGUGGGCCGUGCCUGCGGAACCGCUACGGGGAGGACGUGAGAUCAGCCCUGUUGGACCCGGACUGGAUGUGUCCUCCCUGCCGUGGGAUCUGCAAUUGCAGUUAUUGCCGGAGGCGUGAUGGCCGCUGUGCCACAGGCAUCCUCAUUCAUCUGGCCAAGUUUUACGGUUAUAAUAACGUUAAGGAGUAUCUGGAGAGCUUUCAAAAGCAGCUGGUAGAAGACAACUAAGAGAAGAAUCAGCCAACUCACCUUAGCAUACUCCAACAAGACGUGCCAUACGUACCAUUUGUGCCUAAGAAUUUCUUACAGUCGUGUUUUUAUACAGAAAUUCUUCGUAGAUCUAAAUACUAUUUUUUUUUUAAAGAUUGUUUAUAUGCUUACAAAGAUUUCUCAGGAAGACAGCUAAGCACCUCGAGGAAUCUAUAUACAUGUAUACGCAGGCCUGUUUGAAUUGUUAAAAGCAUCUGCAGAUGAUUAAAAAGCACAAUUAAAGUUCAGGUAAGUUCCAGGGAAAAAAAGUAGCUCUUGCUUUUGUCACUGUUUACUUAUCAAUGUUGCCUUGACAUUUUACCCCCCCUACCCCCUCCGACUCUUUAAGUUUUCACAGGGGAUCUAUCCCCUUUACCUAAUUCAAACCAUGUAGUUGAACCUGCUCUGUGUGAUUGGAAAUUUAUAUUGAUGACUGUUCCCCUAAAUUCCAAAGUGCAAUUAACCACAGAACUUGAGAGUACUAGAGUUUUAUUUUUAUUAAAACUUGAAAAGUGGACUGUCACAUCAACACUGGAGGCCUCGGAGCGCUGCUGGCCAGCAGGGACAUCUGCCCGGGGCCAGUUGCUUCUGGACCUUAAGAGAAUGUAAGGGCUAACUUAAAAGGGUUUUGUUUAAACAUCUACAAGAACUAAAAUCCCACUUACUGACCAGGCUGCCGACCCCAGUUUUUGAGGUUGUAUUUCAGUGGAACCUUGAUGAAAAUGUGAGAGAUACUGUACUUUUGUGUUGUGGGUUGGGUACUGAGGAAAGCUAAAACAGAUUCCAGUAUUUUUUUCGACACUGCUUCUUUCUCUCCCCCUUCUCCACUUUUUAAGGAUGGUGUUUUUUUAAAAAAAGAAAAAAAAAAUUAAUGCACAUUUACAAGUUACUUAAAAAUUACAGAAACUGGAAUGUGUUUUAUGCCCCUCAGUGCAAUAAAAAUGUAUGUGGAAUAGUACAGUGACAAUGAAGAAUCCUCACUGUGUUCUGGCUGAGGCUGGAGGGACGUGAGUCCCAGCAUGAGCGUCGUCUAUGCUUCUAGCAGCAGAGCCACGCCUGCCAGGACCCAUUUGGCCGUCUUCUCUUUGCUCUUCAACCUGAAGGUCCAGACAUAGUUGGGGCCCCUCGUUUUGGUUUUGUAUACAGGGCAUGCAUAGGUAUGUUUGGUUUCCUCUCUGUCCAUGGUUAUGGCUUUUGCAAAGAUGACUGGCAUCACAGAUGUCAGCUCCUUGAGGCGGGCUUCCACAAUGGUUCCUGACUGGAUGUCCCAUCUUGCACCUGCAGCAAAAACACAAGGGUUGCAACGGUGGGGCGUGUUGAUACUGAUCUUGUAAGUGUUGUAGGCAAUAAAUGUUCUGGUUUUGUCACGUUA